UCAGGACAGCCCAUAUUAUCGACGAAUUAUCUAUGUCACUUGACACCCUAUGCAGCUGAAUGUGAAGACGACUCCUUAUUAUCGCUGGUACGCAUUCUAAGUAUGCAAUCGCUUACAUCCCUUCAUUCAGAUUGACACUAUACAUGGAAGAACACAAAUUUCUUAGUCAAUAUCCGCUCAACAUGGAGCUCGCCGCAGUUUUAUUUCUCUCUGUUCUCCUCUUUUUUCACUGCCCAUCCAUCUCUGAUCCAUCUAUUUUCCUAGAUAUCUGGAAUGGCGUAAUAGCACAAUAGCACAACUUGUUCCAGGUAUGCCGUUGAGGAACGGUCCCGUGCUAGACGUCACAUCUCCGGACAUUUUUUGCAAUGUGAAUCUUACUCCCCCAAGAACAACUGUUCCCGUCGCGCCGGGAGCACUCUUGGAUUCAAUUACGAUGGUAUUUAUCAUCUGCCGCUAUAUAUUUAGGAUAGGCCUCAGGACCUCCUGUGGCAGAUUGGGGUGGGAUGGGUGUGGGGAGAGGUGGUACAAGCCAUGCCGCAGGCAUCCAGCGGGAAGAAGAAGCUCGACAUUGAUCAUCCGAUAUGAUAGCAGAAUGUUGACUACGACGCUUCCUGUGGACAUCCCUGUCGGUGAAAUGAAUCGUGUUCAAUGGUACAUCUCUUGUGCCCAAAUUUCGUCCAAGGUAUCGACACCAGGCUAUGUUUCCCCUGAUGAUCCGGGCAUUACCGUCAAUAUCUACUACCCUGUGCCGACAGCAUACACAAUAAGAGUUCGGUGGUUUGUGAGGCAUUUCAUUUAA